GUACAAUAACAGAAACAACAACCACCCAACUCCCAACUCCCAACUCCCAUUUUCUUGCAUUUAGUAUAUCUACAGUAUAUUGAUAUCCCCCAGGAGCUUUACCACUACCUACAUAUUCCCUCAAGAAACAAUGGACUACAACUCAGCCGAUCUGACAUCAGUUCUGCGCACCCUUUCUGCGCUAUCCAACCAACAAUCCCCACCUUCAUCUUCUGACAUUAUCCCGCCCACUAACUCUCAGGCCUACAAUCCCAAUGGCCCCGAAGACAAUGAUCCAUACGAACCAUCAGAAACCCUCCCCUCGUUUUCCGUGACCCGCCAGCAGCAAGCGCAGCAGCAGAAGGCUUUGCCCUCUCAGACCCCCAGCUAUACCCACCCUCCGCGAGCCCAGACAACUCCAAAUGGCACAACAGGUGACUCUUCAUCCAUCACCACUUGGAAUGCCGCCCUCCGCCACGUCAUGCGCACAGUGGCCCAGAAUGAGAACCUUCAGAGCCGCAUCCGAUGGUUGAUCCGCCGCCAGCACGACCACGAAAAGCAGUGGUGGCAGGGUCGGGAGGCGUUGGUGAAGAGGCAGCAAGCGCGAACGGAGAAGAAAAAGGAACUCGAUGCUGUGCUACGCUCUGUCGGUGUGCCAGUUGACAAUAACAAAUCAAUCUCGACAGCCGAGGAAGAUCAAGCCGAGCUGACUAACUACGAUGUGAAGGUCUACAGAGCUUCGAGUCAGAUGGCCGAUGCCAUGAUUGCGGAGCUGCGUGCAUUAGGGAUUCCAUUCUUCAGUAUCCAGAAAGACCUGGUGCUGGCCGCUGAUGCCAAGUCCGAGACUGUAGUGAAUCCGUUUGGCAGCCAGAAAGAGACGCUUAUUACCAGGCAAGAUUUGUUGCAGUUGCAACGGCGGAUUCUGGAGUUGUUGUUGGAUCUUUGUGGGGAGCAGUAAUUUAUCUGCCUCCCAGAACAAUCUGUGCAGACUGUAAUCAGUCGUGACCUUCUGUCAUGUUUGUGUGCACACGUGCUACUGUCACCAUUCGCGGUCUAGUGUAGUCACUGUUCGUACAGCGAGGCCUGUCUGAAUCUUGAGUUGAGAAAGAACAGUCUCUGAAGAUCAGCACAAGCCAAGGUGUUGUAUAUGUCCGAGGGGGCCGUGGGGCAUCACACAGUCCUUGUACCGCUAACUAUGAUUUAUGUACAUCAAAGUGUUUGAAAACAA